AUUCAUUCCAUUCGAAACCGCUGCAACAUGAUCACGCUGCAGUUCUUCGUUUUUCCGUUGCUUAUUUCAUCCGCAUUGGCUAUCAUCGCCCUCGAGGGCCCUUGUUCCACAAACAUGACAGCUGUGGGGGACUUUGAUAUGGAUAAGUUCUUGGGCAAGUGGUACACCUAUUCCGUUUAUCCAAGUUUCUCGAAGCGUGUGCCCAAAUGUCAGUCGGUGGAUUUUAAGAAAAAAGGUGAUGAACAUUACUCCAUAAGAGCUUCAGAGCUGAGCACCAACACCGACACGUUGAAGAUAAAAAAUGAGGAGGUGAAAAAUGUGGACGCAGCGCGCGGCAGAUACGAUUUAAUGACCAAAAACAGUGCCUUUCCUGAGGGCAUUCAAAUCUAUGUGCUGGACACGGACUACGACACGUUUGCCAUACGCUACAUGUGCUUCGAUGCCAGCAAUGUUUUCAGCUUUCAUUGGGCUACCAUUCAGACCCGCAUUCGUCUGCCUCCAUCGGAUGUUAUUUUUACAGCUCAGACUUUGGCUCGCAGAUCUGGCAUUAUUCUGAGCAAAAUGAUCAAAACACCACAGGAUGCGUGUCCACCAGAUACUUAGGGCAGGGAAUGCUUUUGCUGCAGCAACGAUUUGCUGGAAGAUUG